AUGGCGUACGCUUACACAGACCCAACAUCCAUCAGCUACGUCCUGCAACGCGCACACGAUGAGCUGCGGCGUGGCGAGAAUCAGCACUACCGCUCCACCGAGGCUCAGUACACGAAUCAUAUAAAAGAACUACUGGGUAGCUUGGAGCGCUACCUCGAAACGUGCGGCGUGCGGCUUCCCACUGAAAUACAGGAGGGCGCAGAGAUUACUGCUGCCGCGGCGGCAGCUGGUGCGAAGGAAAGCGAGCGAGCACCGUUUUCGGCGCCACCACGCGGUCUUUUGGUGGGAACUCGGCGUGUAAGCCAAGGCCGCCGCAUCAACAGCGGGUCUGCGUCCGCAUCUGUUACAGUCGGCAGUGCAAAAUGCACCAGCGACGCCGUGAACCGGCACGAGGAGACAAGCAGCAAUGUCAGUGUUUACUCAAGUGGGCCAGUCCGCAGCGGGUGGGGAAAUCUGGCAACCCCAUGCGAGGCGCAGCGCGGCAGCGGCGCGGCGAACGCGUGCCAUGUCGCGAGCAGCGGCCCCGUAGCGGCGGCGACGUCGACUCUUCACGGUAUUUCUCUGAAGAGCAACCAGGUAAACACCAUGUGUAGCUCUUCCUCUUCGCCGCUCGGGGCCGCCUACCAGCAGCAUAUCGCGCCGGGCAAUAAGAGCGUGUGUACGGCCAACAGCGAAAGUGAGGCGAGCAUCCUAUACAAAUCACAGCAAUCGACCACGGCGCAUGCUGCAUACUCGUCCUCUUCGCCAUCCACGGCCGUUGACGUUAGGCCUGACGGCAACGUGGAAGGCAAUACCACCUCUCUUAUGUACAGCGGCGAUGCCGCUGGCGUGGACAGCUGCAGUGUGGACAGUGGCAGUGCCCCCAUCGUGGUCAUCAUCGACUCUGGGUGCGGCGGCGGUAACGGGACGAGGAGCAGGGGGCGCGGCGAGAGUGUGGCAAUGAGGUCGCCCCCCGCACCGCCGAAGCUGCCGGACCACUACACUGGGGAGGGCGUGCGCGGCGGUCUCUAUGCAUCAGGCAACGGUUUCAGUCGCAGCGUCAGCACCCACCGUACGGUGUCGAGCGCGAUUGCCUCUGCAUCCUGUGUUUCCGAUCCAGGUGCGGGUACCGCUUGCACCGCUGCCGCCCAUGACCGCUGGGGUGAGUUUGGUACCUUCGUGCAGUCAAUCACGGAAAGCCGCCAGAACAGUAAUCUGGCGUCUCUCAGGAGCGCAGCCGCGGCGGAAUGUCCGCUGCCGAGCGGCGUCAAGGGUGCUCUGGCUGCCCCUCUCCUUACCGCACUGCGCAAUGCGGAAAACGGCAGCAGUGGAGCAGUGUCAGCCUCGCUUGCCGUGGUAGCUCCGCCACCCGGUGCCGACCCCAUGGUUGGCUUGCAGCUCCCCUACCUGCCCAGCACUGGCACCUCCAUGACGACCCCUCCCGCGCCUGUCUUGUCUGCCGCUGUAGGAAGGCAGGUGCAGUCGUCGCCGCUGGACUCGAGUGGCGCCAACAUUAGCACCUCUUCUCUGACACUACAGGUGGCGCACGGAGGCGGCAGCAGCGCGGUGCGUGCGUUGGCCGCGGCAGGCGUCGCAGCGGAAGCGGGUGGCAACAGCGAGAUGACAGACGCAGAGGUUGUGAAGUCGCUGUCACCUUCAUUCGGUAUCUUGAGCUCCCCUCUUCCAAUCGCCCUAGUGCCACGACAACACUGCGUGGAAAAGGCGGGUGCCGGAGUGGCGCAGCUCGAGCACAUUCCCUCUCCUCCGCAGCACUCAUGGCCUGGUCGGCCAGCCUAUUUUACAACUGUAGCCGCCCCCAUGCAGCGCGUGGCGUCUGAGCCGCUUGCCAGUCAUCGCCUCUGCGCCGGUGGCGGUGACGGCACGGAUUCAAUUGCGUACCACCAACAGGCACAGUGCGGCUCAGUUCCGCCAUAUCCCAGAACGUCAGCUGGCGCGGUCGCGGCGACAGCGGCAGCGGCAGCGGCAACGAUCGCGCCGACGAGGAAUCCGGAGAAGGAGCAGCUGAUGAGCCGCUUACGAGAGGUGCUGGAGCGCUCCGUCUUUGGGAAAUCAUCGGUUCAGCCCUCUGCAGUGCCAUCCGCGGUUGCUGCGUGCAGCGUAGGAGAGGAUCAAGUGAAACACUCUGCACCCGGCAGCACCAGGGUGCCAGUGUCAGCACUUGUGCCUUCGCCCCAGCCGCUUCGGCAGAACCAGCGGACGCCAGGCUAUCCUACUCCGUUGCCGGGCACAACAAAGACAGACGACACCCCUGACGGGUCAGCAAACGCGCAGCGUAGCGACAGCCCGCCUGAGCUCAAGGACCGCGGCAAUCGUGGGGAUGGGACUGGCGGUGUGGCAUGGGACGACUCGUGGGAUUUCCUUCGGCUCGCCACCGCCGCUAUCUCAGAGUUCCCGCACACCACGUCAAGCAAAGGUAUCGUCAGCGAAGCAGCCACUUCUCACAGUGUGUCGCGCGGGACUGUGCGUCCCGAGGACGGAGGCAGCAUGGGUCCUCCCAGGUGUGAUCACACGCCGAAGGAGGGGGGCCACGCCUACCGAUAUGUCGGCAGCAGCAACAAAGCCGCUACCAUGACCGCAGCAAGGCCAUCUGGUGGCCUCAGUGCCUGUCGCAGGUGGGACAAGGGCAGCUGCACGACAGCGAACGGCACCUCCUCCCGUGCAUCCGCGACAGAGAUGAUAGCGGCAUCGUUCGUCGCCAACGCGCAGCAUUACCCUUCUCCAUUGCCUGUUCCCAUGUCGUGGAUGCGACCCGCACGCAGCCCGCCAGGCAUAGCGUUGCAGGGCGCCUCGGCGUCCGAUGGAUACCCCCCAGGACUCACGAAGAGCGACAUCGACAACUUCACCCGAGCUGAAGAAGUACUGCGAGCACGCCAGAGUCAUUCGACGGGGGGUAAGAGGGCUCUAACUGAUGAGCAACAGUCAUCGCAGCACGAUGACGGAGAGAGGCAGUCCUCCUCGACCAACUUCUCCCCAGCACACGCGGAGAAGCAGCAGCUGAUGCAGCGGUUGCGCAUGGUGCUCAGCCGUCAUGGUGAGUGA